AAUGUGUCACAUAUUCCAGAACAACUUGCGGGAGUGUAUGUGAUUAAGUGCAAGUGUAAAGUUGAAAAAUAACACAACUCCUUUAGUUACAAAAAAAACAAGCGGAAUUUAAGGAUUUUAAUUUUUAUUUUGGACAAGAUAUAUAUUAAAGGGUGAAAAAUGAAAUUGAAAGUACGCACGCCAUCUCACGACAUAGAUUUAGAAGCAGUACCAAAAACGACUGGUCGAGAACUUUUCAACACCCUGUGUAGAUCGCUGGGUAUACAAGAAACGUGGUGGUUUGGACUGUGCUACAAAGGAACAGAAAAUGAGGAUGUUUGGAUAGACAAAUCAAAAAAGACACUAAAUUACCUUCAAAGGUACCUGGGCAACGUUCGUUUCAGUGUUAAGUACUACCCAGAAGACGUGAGUGAACUUAUCGAGUUCGUAACCAUCGAAUACUUCUUCAACCACGUCAAAAGCAUCAUCAUCAACGAUGAAAUCUUCUGCCCGGCAGAUACCUCGGUGCUUUUGGUGUCCUACGCACUUCAAGCCAAGUAUGGCGAUUACAACAAGUCAGAUUUCAAUGAGGAUUUUUUAAAGAAACAAACCCUGUUGCCAGAAAGAGUUAUCAAACAACAUAAAAUGGACCCGGCAGAAUGGGAAAACAAUAUAGUCAAUAUGUGGCUGAAACAUCGAGGGUUGGACAAGGAAGAGGCCAUGUUGGAGUACCUAAAGUUAGUACAGAACUUGGAAAUGUACGGAGUGACAUAUUUCAGUAUCAGGAACGCUAAAGGAUCAGAUUUACUUUUGGGAGUCACAUCUCUGGGACUGAACAUUUAUAAACAAGAAGACAGGCUAAAUCCAACGACAUCUUUUCCAUGGUCCGAAAUAAAGAAUUUAAAAAUCAGAGGCACAAAAUUCAUCAUCAAACCCACCGACAAAUCUGGGAAAAAUUUCACCAUCCACACAACCAACGAAAAAAUCAGCAAAAUCAUUUUAACGCUGGGCAUCGGCAAUCACGAACUGUACGUCAGUAGGAGGAAGCCCGACACCCCGGAAAUUGUGAAAAUGAAAGAAAAAGCCAACGAAGUGAGAAAAACGAAAGUGCUGAUUAGACAAAAAUACAAUAAUGAAAGGGUAGCUAGGGAAGAAGCUGAAAGACGCGAAACCCUGUACAAACAAGAACUGGAAGAACUAAAGUUACAAAUGGAACAAAAGGAAGCUAACCUGGCCAACGCAGAAAGAACUAUUAGAAAACUCCAAGAGCAACUUGAAGACCUGAAACGAAGCAAAGAGGAGCUGGAGUUCCAAAGAAGAGAGCUCCAAGACAUGAUGCAACGAUUGGAAGAAAUGAAGAACCUCGAGGCGGCCGAGAAACAGAAACUGGAAGAAGAAAUCAGAAACAAACACGCGGAAGUAGAGAAAAUCCAAUGGGAAGUAACCAGGAAAGACGAGGAGACCAGGAAACUUCAAGAGGAGGUGGAGGAGGCGCGCAGAAGGGAAGAGGAAGCCCGCAGGAGGCAAGAAGAAGAAAGAGCCCAGAGGGAGGAGGAAAGAAGGAUUGAGGAGGAGGAACGUAGAAGAAAGGAGUUGGAGGAGGCAUCCAGGACGGAAAAAGAACUGGAAGUACUACCUAACGCUGACAAUACUUUGCCUGAAUUCAAGCAAGUCAAUGAUCAAUUAAAGGAACAACUGAAGCUAUUACAACAGCAACUGGUCGAUACAAGAAACAGUACAGAAGAGACCGAAUUAGAGAGAAUCCACAGAAUCAACUUGGCACAGGGCAGGGAUAAAUUCAAGACAUUACGAGAUAUACGUAAAGGAAACACCAUCCGAAGAGUUGAAAUGUUUGAGAACAUGUAACAGAAUUAAAUAAGAAACAUUAUUUAUUUACUUAAAACAUUUCUGUUCUUUAUAAACUUGAUAAUAAAUCUGAUAUUCUAUUUAAUAUACUUCUAAAAAUUGCCAGGAAAAAAGCAAUUUACUUUUAUUACCAGGCAAGUGUCACUCUCCAUGAACAGACUAUACAAAAUAAAACAGCUUGAGUAAUUUUUUUUAAAUAUAAUCAAUGCAAUGAAAAUCAUAUAAUAAGAACAACAAUUUUAUACACCUAACUUUUUAUUAAAUGACUAGGAAAUAAAUGGUAUAAAUACAGUUUUUAAA